GAGCCGUUCACAAACAUCUUUGUUCAUUUGCCGCCCGAGCUAUUUCUCCCCUCUAUAUAAACUAAAAUUCUAGCUCAACACCCAAACACACGCUAGAGGUAGAAUGAUUGCUACUGUAUAAAUGGAGGGCUGCAAAACGGUUACCAAAAGAACCAAACCGACAGAAAAUGGGCGACAAAAGUGGAGGUGAAACCGAGUCCGAACCCCGACCCGACUGGGCCGAGUUAACCCACGAGUGCCUCACCAACAUCCUCUCCCGCCUCACCCUCGAGCACCGAUGGACCGGACCCAUGUUCGUCUGCAAGCCCUGGUUACAAGCCUCCCGGGACCCGUGUCUCAACUCGGUCUUCGACCUCGAGAAUCGCUUCGACUCGGCCGCCGAGUCGGCUCGCUGGUGGACCCCCGACUUCGAGCGAAGGAUCGACGCCAUGCUCCGAUCCGUCGUCGAUUGGAGCGAGGGGUCGCUUACGGAGAUCCGUGUUAGGCAUUGCUCUGAUGGGUCUCUCUCGUACGUCGCCGAAAGGUGCCCGAACCUUCAGGUUCUUUCUAUCAAGAGCAGCCAAAACGUAACCGAUCAAUCCAUUGUGAAAAUAGCUUCCGGAUGUCCCAAGCUGAAAGAGGUUGAUAUAAGCUAUUGCUACGAAAUAUCUCAUGAAUCAAUAGCUUUGAUAGGGCAGAAAUGCCCUGACCUCAGAAUGCUAAAAAGAAACCUCAUGAAUUGGUUGGACCCCUCUCAACACACUGGAAUAGUCCCGGAAGAGUAUCUGAAUGCCAUACCCCAAGAUGCGGACUCAGAAGCUGCCGUGAUAGGAAAAUUCAUGCCUCAUCUGCUGCACCUUGAACUUCGAUUCUCCAAAUUAUCCGCCAAAGGCCUUGUUUUGAUUUCUGAAGGGUGUCUUGAUCUUGAAUAUUUAGAUCUAUCCGGGUGUGCCAACGUGACUAGUCGUGAUAUUGGGAAUGCAACUGCUAAUUUGAAGAGUUUGAAUGAUGUCAAGAAGCCUAAUUUCUACAUCCCCAGGUCGGUGUUCCACACGGAGAGGUAUGGGCAUUGGAGAUUGUAUGAUGAGAGAUUCCAGACGGAUGUUUUCCGUAUUUGAUCAACAAAGAUACGAAAUCAUUCUCUGCCAAAUAUGUGUGGGAGAUAUCGACAGGGGUAAGGUACUUUUGGCAUCUUUUGUCGAUCCAAUGCAGCAAAUAUUUAUAUUCUAGCUGUUCUUCAAAUACUCUGCGGUAUAUUGUACUUAAGCGUGUUAAUAAGCCGCAUUUGAUGUUUCGGAAACUGAUUUGUGGUGUUUACAAGAUCAAAUCAUGUUGUUAUACAGAAUGGAUGCUUACUUUCUGUUUGAACAAUUGUUACAAUUCAUUAGCUGGUAUUUGAACUA